ACAGCGGGGAGCGGGUUUAAGGAUGGCGCUGCAUUGCAAAAGGAAACGAAUAAGUCACGAACUGACGACCUCACAAACGGCAAACAGUCAAACAACUUUGUCCUCUUUUACGAACUCGAACACUUUUAAUCUGGGAAAUGGCCUGAGAGAACGUUUCGUGAAAGGAUCAAUUCUCCGCAUUAGUAUGAAAAACUUCCUCACAUAUGACCACUCAGACGUUUUCCCAGGACCCAACUUAAACAUGAUCGUGGGAGCCAACGGUACAGGCAAGUCGAGCAUCGUCUGUGCCAUCUGUCUUGGGCUCGCAGGCAAGACAGCCAUCCUGGGUAGAGGAGACAAGGUUGGUCUUUAUGUUAAGAGAGGAUGCGCUAAAGGCUCUGUAGAAAUCGAGUUAUACAGGGCAGGUGGAAACCUGGUGAUCAACAGAGAGAUCCAUGUUGAGAACAACCAGAGUGUGUGGAUGAUCAACAGUAAGCAUGCCAGUCAGAAGGCUGUGGAGGAAACAGUGAAAGAGCUCCAGAUUCAAGUUGGAAACUUGUGCCAGUUCCUGCCUCAGGAGAAGGUCGGCGAGUUUGCUAAGAUGAGUAAGAUCGAACUCCUUGAGGCCACUGAGAAGUCCGUCGGCCCGCCUGAAAUGUAUGAAUUUCACUGUAAACUAAAGACUUUCCGCACCAAAGAGAGAGAGCUUGAGAAUUCAUGCAAAGAGAAGGCCAACUUUCUGGAGAAAGCCAGACAGAGGAAUGAGCGCAACAAGCUGGAUGUGGAACGUUACCACACAAAAAGGAGACACCUGGACAGAAUCCAGAUGUUGGAGAAGAAGAAGCCCUGGGUGGAGUAUGAGACAGCUCGCAAAGAGCUAGAAGAAGUUAAGAAGCAGAGAGAGGAGAUGAAAAAGACUGUGAAGUCACUGAAGGAAGUUCAAGCCCCCCUGCUGAGGAAGAUACAGAACGUAGAAAGCCAGCUCAUGCCUAUUGAGAAUGGGAUGAAAGAAAAGACUGCUAAAAUCAGAGAAACAUCACAGAAAUGUAAACAAAAGCAAGACCAGCUGGAUCGGAAAUAUAAGGAGAUCGAUGACAUUAAGCAGGCCCUGAGCCUGCAACAGACGGAGGAAGCAGACCGGAAGAAGCGCAUCGCUAACACCCGCCGACUGAUCCAGGACUUGCAGAGGGAUCUGGACAGCCUGAGCAGCCAUGCGGAUGUCACGCCCAGGAUUGAAGCAGUUAACGCAGAGCUCCGGACCAUACAGGAGGAGAAAGCACAGCUGGACGGAGAGGGGCAAGACCUGCAGCGGGACAAAGACGAGGCUGUCGGCGAGUUGAGACGUCUGCAGAAUCGUAAGAGGAGCAUGGAGGACAUGAUGAACAGGAAGGAGGAGAAGCUUCGCAACCGUUUCUGUGACACCUACGCAGCCCUGCAGUGGCUGAAGAACCACCGUGAUCUCUUUGAGGGAAAAGUCUAUGAGCCAAUGAUGCUGGUGAUCAAUGUGCGGGACCCACGAAAUGCGAAAUAUAUAGAGAGCCAUAUCCCUGUGAACGAUCUGAGGGCCUUUGUGUUUGAGAAGCAGCAGGACAUGGAGAAGUUCAUGGCAGAGGUGCGAGAUAAACAGAAGCUAAGGGUUAACAGUGUCAUUGCACCUGCAGAGUCCUGUGCUAAUAGGCCACCAUCACGACCUCUUGAUUCUCUCAAGCGCUUUGGGAUUGUCUCCUACCUGCGCGAGCUGUUUGAUGCCCCUGAAGCGGUCAUGAGUUACCUGUGCUACCAGUACAGAAUCAACGAUGUACCUGUGGGCACAGAGAAGACUAAGAGCAUGAUAGAGAUGGUGAUAAGAGAGUCACAGCUGAGGAUGAUCUACACAGCUGAAGAGAAGUACACAGUGAAGAAGUCCUCCUACUCCAGCAAAAUCAUCUCUAGCAACUCUGCCCUGCGCAACUCCCAGUUCCUCAGCAUGACGAUAGAUGCAGAUGAGAGACGGAAGCUGGAAGAGCAGCUCAAUGCAGCUCAGAAGCAGGUCCAGGUCUUUGAUGCACGCAUAAAAGUAAACCAUGAGCAGCAAGUCAGACUGGAUCGCCGUGACAAUGAGCUCCGGGCUGAGAAGAAGCGUCUUUCUGAGCUGAAGGGCAAGAGAAGGCAGUUGGAGCAGAAAAUCAGCACUAAGGAGGACAGUGUGAGGCAGAUGGAGCAGAGCGGGAUUGAUCUCCUGAAAGCUGACGAGGAGGCCAAGGUCAAGAUCUGUGCCGUGAAUGACCAGAAGGUGGCGAUAGUGGAGGACUUUGUGCAUGCCAUGAAGCUGAGGGCCAGGCUGAGCAUGGAGAAAGUGUACCUGGCUCUUGAGGCAGCAGGUCUCACAGCAGAGAAGAUCAGUAUGGAGUCAGACUACAGAGAAAGGACAGCUGAGCUCAGGAGGGCAGAGCAAGUGUUUCUUGAGCUGGACCACAAGAAGACAAGUCUGUUGGAGACCUGCAAGAACAUGAUGAGGAGGGCCAGGGAGAUCUGCAACAUGAACCCAGGAGAAACUGUUGUACCAGAGAUACUGCAGACGGCUUUUAGCGAGUUGCCGAACACUCUAGAAGAUAUUGAUGCCAUGUUAAGUGAAGAGAAGGCCAGAGCUGACUGUAUCACUGGCCUCAGUGAAACGGUGGUGGAGGAGUAUAACCGACGUGAACAGGAAAUAAAGACCAUGGAAAAAGAGCUGGAGGAGAAGACAAACACCCUGACUACCUACAGGCAGAACAUCUCUGAGGCAAAAGAGAGGUGGCUGAUCCCCUUGAAGCAGCUGGUUGAGCAGAUUAAUAUGAAGUUCAGUGAUUUCUUCCGCUCCAUGCACUGUGCUGGGGAGGUUGACCUGCACUCAGAGAACCCGGAAGAGUAUGACCGGUAUGGGAUCCGGAUCCGGGUGAAGUUCCGCAGCAGCACGCAACUGCAUGAGCUGACGCCACACCACCAGAGUGGAGGUGAGCGCAGUGUCUCCACAAUGCUCUACCUCAUGGCCCUGCAGGAGCUUAACCGCUGCCCCUUCAGGGUGGUGGACGAGAUCAACCAGGGCAUGGACCCAGUGAAUGAGAGGAGAGUCUUUGACAUUGUGGUUAAGACAGCCUGCAACGGAUCCACAUCACAGUACUUCUUCAUCACACCAAAGCUUCUGCAGAAUUUGAGCUAUGCAGAUGAGAUGACCAUUCUGUGUGUCCACAAUGGCCCCUACAUGCUUCCGCCACAUGAAUGGAAUGAGAAGGCUUUUAUUAGACGCAGCAAAUACAGGUCCAUCCAAUAACCCCAUUACACUGGUUCAGUUUAUCUAUGCACAUGUUAUCACUAUAAUCAUAGCAAAUCCCCAGUAUCAAACCAAGUACUAUUUUUCUUAAUUUUGUUCUGAGAACCUAUUUAUAAUUUACAAAGUACUUUAUUUGUACAUUACAGAUGUUUUUAAAGGUUUGUUAAAUACUGUUGAGCAGUAAAUAAAGAAAUAACGAACACAAUUGCCACUGUAGUUAUGAUGCAUGUGAUAUCCUUGUCUACAUGCCAGGGUCAACUCCAGUGAGCUAAAACUUCCCCUACACUUCUGUAACACAAAUCUUUUCUUUAACUAUAACAAAAAGUUGGCCAUGUUAAACAUUAAAAGGCAAAAAAAAAUAAAAAAAACCACAAUGCAAUACACAUUGUAAUUUUUUAAGAGAUAUAAAGGAUGGUAGUCAUUCUUCUAUAAAGUAUUGUCCCUUUCUAAAAAAAAAAAACACACUGGACAACCUGCAUUAUAUCUCUGUACAUAAUUUUAUUUACAUGAUACAAUUUCGCAGUAAUGUUGAGUAACAAGAGUAAAUGGGUAAUACAUAAUAAAUAUAAAGAUGGUUUGUUUGUACAAAUUUGCAUAACUAAAACUCAAACAGAUGGAUAGUUUUACCGUGUAAACAGAUCCCUACAUAACAGGAACAGCAAUUUGCAGCCAGACCAGGAAAACGGGCUGAAGACAAAGUCAUGGGGUGCUUGAACAGCAUGGGCACCGACAGACAUAACACUCCUGCAUCCCCUCCACACCAGUGGCUCAAUAAGAAACAUGAUACAUUUUUCAAAACGUGAAGAAAUACCAUGACACACUCAUUCCACUUAACACA